CAACUCUUCACCACAUCAAUAAUAUAAGAAAAACAAAGAAUUUUCAUGAAACAUGGCUUCGGAUUCUUCUUCUUUACCUAGCUCAAUUUGUUUUCUUUUAUCUAUACUUGUAUUCUCUACAAUGUUGGUUGCUUAUGCUGGGAAUUUCUACCAAGAUUUUGAUAUCACUUGGGGCAAUGGCCGCGCCAAAAUACUUGACAAUGGUCGCCUUCUCACUCUCUCUCUUGACAAGGCCUCUGGCUCUGGUUUUCAAUCUAAGAAUGAGUUUCUGUUUGGCAAGAUUGAUGUGCAACUCAAGCUUGUUCCUGGCAACUCUGCUGGCACUGUCACUGCCUACUACCUAUCAUCAAAAGGCUCAACAUGGGAUGAAAUAGACUUCGAGUUCUUGGGAAACCUUAGUGGCGAUCCCUAUAUUCUUCAUACCAAUGUGUUCAGCCAAGGCAGGGGCAACAGAGAGCAGCAAUUCUAUCUCUGGUUCGACCCAACUGCUAAUUUCCACACCUACUCUGUCCUCUGGAAUCCCCAAAACAUUAUAUUCUAUGUUGAUGGCACGCCUAUUAGAGAGUUCAAGAAUUUAGAGUCGACUGGUGUUCCUUUCCCUAAGAGCCAAGCCAUGAGGAUAUACUCUAGUCUUUGGAACGCUGAUGAUUGGGCCACCAGAGGCGGUCUUGUGAAGACAGACUGGAGCCAAGCUCCUUUCACAGCUUCUUACAGGAACUUCAACGCCGAUGGUUGUGUCUGGGCUGCCGGAAGAUCUUCCUGUACGUCCGGAAACUCCUGGUUCUCCCAACAACUGGAUUCGGUGGGCCAAGCCAGGCUGAGAUGGGUGCAAAAGAACUACAUGAUAUACAACUACUGCACCGACACCAAGCGAUUCCCUCAGGGCCUACCCAAGGAAUGCUCUGCUAAUGCGUAAAUUGAUCUGUUGGUGUAUGGUAUCAUUAUACCAGCAAUGUUUUCACUGAUUAAAAAAUAAAAAGGCAAUGCUAAAGCUUGCUAGGCAAUGUAAAAGAGCCCCUAUAGUUAAUUGUAUCAUAAAAAUGUUAGAAGAUAUAUAUAUUUUUUUAUGUCAGAUAAUUUUUAUAUAAUAAAAAAAUAAUUAAUUU